AUCAGAUUUGAAGACACCUUUCUGUAUACUUUCUGUUCUAUGGUGUUGCAUCUUUCCAUGCUAAUUUAUUGGCUGGUGUUUUUGAGUCCGGCUGUCCUCUAAUAAUAAUAGUUUGGUACUUUAUUCUAUCCAAUAUCAAUUUAAAUAUGAAAUACUAAAAUGGAGUCAGAAAUCAAGGAAGAAAUUGAUGCAUUCAUGAAUGCUUCAAUGGACAUUGACGCAAGUGACUAUGAUUUAUCCUUGAAGGCUGAAUUAGACUAUGAGAAUCAGUCAAUCAUGUCCACAUGUGACCAGAGAUCAGAUAACAAAUCACCAGUCUCAGAGCUCAAUUCAUUGAGUGGAGAAUCAGAUCCCAGGUUGACUAAGGCCAUUGAAAAAGAAGUGUGUGUGUUCCAGGGAAGAUCUACUCUUGUAUCUUGCAGAAUCGGCUAUAGGAACAGGUGGAACAUCAACUGGAUGAGGCACAAUGUGGGUUCCGACCUCAAAGAAGUACGCAGGAUUUGAUCUUCAUGCUCAGACAAGCUAUAGAGGAAAACUUGGAGUAUGGGAAUGAAAUGUACCUAGCAUUCAUAGACUUGGUCAAAGCAUUCGAUAUGGUACCAUCGGCUGGUUUGUGGGAGGAGCUAGAAGGCAGAGAGGUAUCAAGGAAUCUCAUAGAAAGCAUAAAACGUUUCUAUAAAAAUUGCAGAGGUUGUGUAAGUUUGGGAAACUUAGUGUCGGGGGAAUUCAGGAUGGGGAUGGGUUUGAGACAGCGAGAUGUCCUCUCUCCCUAUCUGUUCAAUGUGCUAUUAGAUGGCGUUAUGAAGACCUGCAACCAGAGGCAAAGGAAGUUUAGUGUGGGUAAUUGGCGAAUGGAGAGGGUAAUUGCAUCGGAUCUUGCUUUUGCUGAUGAUUUCGUCCUCUUGACUAAGUCUGAAGAGAGUCUUAGUAACAACUUACAAAUAUGGCAGGAGGAGCUGCUGAAAAUGAACAUGCGAAUGAAUCUGGAUAAGACAAAAGUGAUGCAUGUAGCAAAAGAUCAGAGGCAGUUGGAGAUAUUCAUUGGGGAAAGACAGUUGGAGCAAGUAGAGUCCUUCAAGUACUUGGGAGCUACUAUUGCUUGUGAUGGAAGAAUGAAAAACGAAAUAAGCAAUAGAGCAGCAGCGGCAGGAAGGUUGUACUGGGCAUUAUCUAGAAAGUUCCUCAGCAAAA